AUGCCAACUGUAUCAAGUUUACAUAAAGUCGUAUCAUUUACAUCAGUAGGAUCAGAUUUACAAUUACAUCAUGCAUACAGCCGACAACUGUCUCGAGUAGUAAGCUAUGCACAAAUGAAAGAAGCUAAUGCUAUCCCUGAUCACAGCUUUAAAUUGCUGAUGGUGGGGGACUCAGGUAUUGGGAAGACCCAAUUAUGGCAUGCAUAUAUAGAUCCUCAAAAAACAAGGAAUGAAGAUGAAGAGGAGGACUCUCAAGAGAGCCAUGUCAUUAUGAUUGAUGAUAAGAAAUCUGGGAAACAUAUACAAUUGGCUUUAUGGGAUAGUGCAGGUGGAGAAAUUGCAGAUAGAUUAAGACCUUUGUCUUAUAGUAAUGCUGAUAUUGUAAUUUUAGCAUAUAAUGUGAAUGAUAGGAUUAGUUUUGAUAACAUAAAGAAGAAAUGGAAUAGAGAGGCAAAACAUUUUGCUCCUAGGAGUCAGAAAUUAUUAGUAGGAACUCAGGCCGAUUUUAAUAAUAGUCUGACGACUAAGAUCACAAAAGAAGAAGGCGAUGAGAUGGCUAAAAGAGUUGGGGCGUUUUAUCAUUUGCAAUGCUCGGUCAAUGAUAAUAUUAAUAUCACAAACAUUAUAAAUGUAAUACUUGAUCAAUUGUUGGGAGAUGGUCACAAUAGAAAUACUAUUAAUGGUUCACCAGUUACCGAUAUGUCAACACUUUUGCAACAAAAAUUAGAAAAAUUAACUUCUCAAGAAAAAAUUGAAAUAGACUCAAAUUUACAAGUAAAUCAAUCGAAGUCUGGCCCAAAGAAAAAGAAAAAACAAGGAAAAUUGAUAAUAAAUAAAAAAACCAAAAACAAGGAUUCCUGUAUCAUCGCUUGA